ACCCUACACCUCCUCUGAGUCUGUCGGUAUUUUUUUGCUAUAAAUUGGAGGUGUUUCGUCUCUCCUUCUUCAUCUCCUGGUCUCACGCCUUCCCUCGUAUUCUUCUAUCUCUCUGAUUAAUUGCGCUUGUUGAUACUUUUUUGCGAGGAACAAUGCUAGUCUACCAGGAUCUCCUCACUGGUGAUGAACUUUUGUCAGACUCUUUUCCUUAUAAGGAAAUUGAGAAUGGGAUGUUAUGGGAAGUCCAAGGAAAGUGGGUUGUUCAAGGUGCUCUUAACGUGGACAUUGGUGCAAAUCCUUCAGCCGACGGUGCUGAUGAAGAUGAAGGUGUUGACGAUCAAGCCAUCAAAGUCGUUGAUAUUGCAGACACUUUUCGUUUGCAGGAACAACCUUCAUUUGACAAAAAGCAAUUUGUCACUUUUAUGAAACGUUAUAUUAAGAAUUUAACACCAAAAUUGGAAGAAGAGAAGCAGGAUUUGUUCAAGAAGCAUAUCGAGAGUGCUACUAAGUUCUUACUCUCAAAGUUAUCUGACUUGCAAUUCUUUGUUGGCGAGAGUAUGCAUGACGAUGGCAGUUUGGUCUUAGCAUACUACAAGGAGGGCGCUACUGAUCCAACUUUCUUGUAUUUUGCUUAUGGAUUGAAGGAGGUUAAGUGCUAAAAGCAAGAUCUACUUCAUGCAGUUCGAGGUUUUUGAGUUCUAAUAUUUAUCCAACUAUAUGUCUCGAGUUUGAACAAUGUUACUUGCUAUUUUCUUUAUAUUUGCUUACUAUUCAUGUCUACUUCAUAGUUGUUAGGCUUAUAGGUCCUUGUUUAUUUGAUUUUGUGAUAGAAAUUGUUUGGAUUUUGAUUCCUUGAGGUGUUUAAAGGAUCAUGAUACAUGAUUUUAUAAUCAUUGGUUUACUUUGAGAUGCAUUUGGUUCA